GCAAUUCCCGAUUCAAGGGUAGGCAGCGCCCUCUUCAGCAUGCUUUUUCGGCUAAAGGUAAGAUAUUGUAAACAAAAAUAUUUUGAGUGUUAUUUGUGAAGAAAGAAAUAUGAUGGACAAAGAAAAUAGUGUAUUCCUCAGUUUAACUGAAUAUUUCCGGUAUUUGGAAGCAACUCCAAAUAAUAGGAAUGUGAUAGAAGGAGAAGCGGUCUUGAAUGCCGGUCAUGUAAUUAUGUGUGGGAAUAUAGCAAAGCAAGCCUCUGACUUGGGGAAUUGUAAAUAUAUUAUAAAAGAGAAUAAUAAUUAUGAACUGAAAAAAAAACAUAAAUACUUUGCACAGGUGCAGGUGGGAAUUGCAAUCCUAAAUUUAGACAUUUGCCACUUUAUUAUUUAUUUUUCAAGCAAUAAUUCAUUCAUUGAAAUUAAGGUGCCCUUUGAUGAAGAAUACACAUAUAAUAUGUUAACUUCUUUGAAAAAAAAAUAUAUUGAGAAAAUGUUACACCAUAUUUGUAAUGAAUAAUUGAAAAAUUAAUAUAUUUUUUGAAAUAAAAUUCCAGUUAUUCUA